AUGUCUGCCGCCAAGCUUGAAAAGAAGAUCUGGAACCUGGAGCAGCGGCUGCGUGAAGAGUUCCGCGUCGAGCUGAGCCGGGCGCUGGCCUUGUGCGCCGCCAAAGUGCAGCACCUCGAAACCGAGGUGCUCUUGCUCAAAGGGGAGAAGCCAUCGAGCAGCCCUGCGCGCGAUGGGGUCGCCGUUGAUGUGUCCAAGGAUGGCAUUGCGAGGCUUCCAGGAAACGCUCUGGGGGAGGCUGACGUCGUGCCGGUUGCCCGGAUGGCGUGGCCAGAAAGCACGGAGGCUCAGCAGGAAGGCUUCGUCGCUAAGGACGAGUGCGUUGACUGGGUCCCAUUGGAGCCUGUGGCGUUUUUGGAGUCUACCUGGAACCUGGUUUUGGUAUUGGGGUUUACCGAUGCCGGGUGGUUGGACAUCAUCAUCAGCUGCCUGCUCUUGGUUGCCAGCGCUGGCUUGCAGAUCGCCUUCAGCCUGAUCUUGCUGUCGCCCGACUUUCUGGGAGAGCCCUUUUCGACACACAUCACAAGUGCAGAGAGAUGGAGGGCCGGCGUUGCUCAUGAUUACAGGCACAUGGACUUGGCGGAGACAAGCCUCGUGUCGCGGGUCUGCAACAAAGAUGAGUCCCUCAUCGUGUCGUGGAAAUGUCUCAUUGAUCAUUGGCAAAAGGGCAAGCACUUUGUUCUCCCUUUUGAUGUCACUGCCCGGGACGGUCAAGCAACCCUCCUGGACCAGAUUGAUGCUUUCCUUGGCAUCAUUCAGCCUCUCGACAUGAGCCUGGGAAUUCUGCUUUGCAUGCUCUGCAUCCUCCUAUGGUGCCUGUAUUUGUGCAACGAAUUUCAGGCUAUUGGACUGUCUUUGGAGGCUAUCCUGCAGGUGCCGCGGCGUGCUUACACAAGCUUUGACCACGGACGCUUCGAAACGAUGUCAUACUGGCGAUUUGCAUCGUACUGCCUGGCACGCCUGACGAGGGGAGUGAUUGCCGGGUUUCUGCUCUACGCAGGAAUUCUCUGGCUCGGGAAUACGACGUCCAUCACCGACCUCAUGCUGAAUGCGGUCGCUUUGGGCGCGGUGCUGGACGUAGAUGAGAUGUUCUUCGCUGCCCUCAUGCCCAAGAAGAUCCAGAUCAAGAUUCAAGACCUGGAGGCCAUCAAGAUCAACUACACCCGCAGGCGGAGCCAGUUGGAGGCUUUCUUGCUACUUCUGAUCAUGUCUGGAUUGAUGUUGUGGCCUUGGUUCUACUUGGUGGAGCCGCUUGGCAACCACAUGCUGGAGGUGAAGAGGACGCUGUGCGGUGGGCAGCAGGAUUUCGUGGUAGGCAUCAACAGCAACCAGUUUCUGACGGUCGGCCGGGAGACGGUGCAGUAUACAUCCAACCGCAACGCCAGCCUCAUCGAGCUCGCUGUCCGCGACCUUGCCUUCGGAGAUUCGGGGUCUUCGAGAUACAUCCUCAUGCCCGAGGAAACUUCUGCUUUCGACAGCAAGCUUACCGAGCCCAUGUCUGCAGCAGCGGCAAGCAUCUUGGCUUGUGACGACUUCGACCUCUACUACUUGGAGGGCCAGGCACCUCCUGCCAACUAUGCCCCUUACUGGUGGAAUACGGCGCCUGGCCUGGGGUUCUCGGAGCAGUCCACCUGUGCGGAGAUGAAGCUGAGAUAUCAGGAGCUAGCGACCGUGCUCGACACGCUGAACUGCACCGACGCCCCCGCCGACUCGCCCGCUUGGCAGCUCUUCUGGGACCAGUACCCCAUCAGCAUCUCCUCGGCCAUGGGGGUAACGAACCAAACCCAGAAGGACGGCCUCCGCGCCUUUGCGGAGGCCAUGAAGAGUGCGGGCUGCGCGUCCUUGGCUGGCCCGGACGAGUACGAGGAGCUGACGCAGAUCAGGUUCUGUGAUGGCCACGCGACACUUUGGUCGCCGCUGAGCGUGCUGUGCCCGAAGACCUGUUGCAACGACGCCGAUUCGACGUAUUGCCCCAGCAGCUGCGCAUGUGUGGACAAAGAUGAGGACCGCUACACUGCAAACAAAGGGCAGCAGAUGUAA